AUGACCAUGGCCGAGACGGUGAUCCGCAAGGCCUGCGAUCGAUGUCACGCGCAGAAGCUCAGCUGCAAGCGAUACAACGACGAGCCGUGCGAGCGAUGCGUCCGACUCAAGACCGAGUGCAAGUCGAGUCCUUCCCUGAGGUACAGGAAGCAACAGCAGCAACAACAACAGCAACUCGUCGACAACAACUCGAAUCAUCUUCAGGGACAGCUUCCUCCCACCUCCUCAACUCCAGCUCCGACCGGACGCCGCUCUCCGAAACGCCGGAGGACCGACAGCCAAGGAGAUGCGAGUCUUGUCCCACCCGACGCGGCAGUGCCAAUAGUACCCCAUACGGGCGUCCUGGCGGCGGCGUCCAAGAGUCAUGUCCCCGUCACACCCGAUCCCGUCCUCGACGCCGGCGACUUUGGCUUCACCUUUGACCAGCUGGCCUUUUUUCCCCAGCAUUUAUCUCAUCCUGAGCUCCCGGGAGGAGUAGUCAACGAUCCUCAUCUGGUCCAUCCUCCGGCCGUCUUUGCCGACUCUUGGGAUCCGAGGCUCGCCGUCGAGGCUUAUCAACCUCCUCAAGAGCCUCUUCCUCCUCAGCUUCAAGGUGACGCCUCCCACCGCGUUGUCGACUCUGUCCCCUCUGCUGUACCUCCACCACAGCUACAGCUACAGCCCCUGAGGAGCAGAAGCUGUGUACCUGAGCACGGCAGCUCUGACAAGCGCUCGCGGCCCCGGACCAAGCAACGGCCCAGGCAGAUCACCCUGAGGCACGACGCUGACCAUCUGUCUCCGCUGCACCCCGAAGCGCCCCCGAUUCACUGGAUGGCGCAGCUGUCCGACAUCAACGCCCGCCUCCUGGACCUCGCGUCCGCCCUGCCCUCUCCGCAGGAGGUGGCCCAGAGCGGUCCGUCGCUGGGUCGUCCUGCCGACGAGAGGUUCAGGAGUCAAGGGUUCCCCAUCGAGGACAUGUUUAAGCUGACCCGAAGAGUCGCUGACAUCCUCGAGAAGCCCCCUGCCGAUACACCAGAUAGGGACGGAGCCAGGGGACAUCACUCAACCAUCGACGGGACAGACCCAGGCAACGCCAUGUUCAUCCUCUCAACAUAUGUCCGCCUUCUAGACAUGUAUCAGAGAGUCUUCAGUCUCGUCCACGCGGAGUUGUCCCGAGCAGACUCGGGCGCGACCUUUAGCUUCUGGAAACUCCCCGCCGUAACCGUGGGUUCCUUUGCAGUCGAGUCAUCGCCCUUUCUCCAAAUGUUCCUGACGAUCCAGCUGGCAGAGGAGUUCCUCUGCCGCCUGAGAGGAUCAACAGCGCGCUGGUCCGGGGCUGGGAACGCGGCGUCAAUGUUUGCCGGUGUUGUGGAUGUAUCUUUCCAGGCGUUUAGAGAUCGAGAGGAGGCAUUGGCCAAGCAUCUUGUUAAACUCCGCAGCGAGAUUGAGCCAUUAUUGGACUCGUAG